AUGGGUGAUAUGACCGACUCCAAGGAAUUUAAAAAGACUUUCAUUGUUCCGACCAUAAAGUCUUUUGAUCAUUAUGAUUUUAAUAGAGCUAAAAUAUGUGCAAGCCUCACAUGGCUAGUGGCCAAAGCCUUUGGUACAGACAGCGUACCUGAUGACUUGAAGAAGCCAUUCUACACAGACCAGUAUGAGCAGGAGCACUUGAAGCCCCCGGUGGUGAACCUCCUGCUGUCGGCCGAGCUGUACUGUCGGGCCGGGAGUCUGAUCCUGAAGAGCGACGCCGCCAAGCCGCUCGUGGGCCACGAUGCCGUGAUCCAAGCCCUGGCCCAGAAAGGCCUAUACGUCACCGACCAGGAGAGACUCGUCACGGAGAGGGACCUGAGAAAGAGACCCAUACAGAUGAGCGCUCACUUAGCAAUGAUUGACACGCUGAUGAUGGCCUAUACGGUGGAGACCGUGAGCGUGGAGAAAGUGGUGGCGUGUGUGAGGCAGUACUCCACCCUCUACCCUGACGAAGACGUCCCCUGCGACACGGAGGAUGCCAUCACCACCUGGAUGAACAAGGUGAAUGAAUAUCUAAAAGACAUCAUCAUGCAGGAACAGAGAAGGAGAGACACGCAGAACACGGAACCCGCGGAUGCCCCUCGAUCUCCGACAAAGUGGUAUUGGAAGUUGGUUCCUGCCCGGUACAGGAAGGAGCAGGUUCUGCCUAAAGUGGUCCCUUGGAUCCCCCCGGUGGACAACCUGCUGAAGGACAGCACAGAUGGCUGUGCCCUCACCGCUCUGCUGCACUUCUACUGCCCUGACAUAGUCAAACUGGAAGACAUUUGCCUGAAAGAGACCAUGUCACUGGCCGACAGCUUGUACAACCUGCAGUUGAUCCAGGAGUUCUGUAAGGAAAACCUGACUGGCUGCUGUCACUUCAGCCUGGAAGAUAUGCUGUAUGCCUCCUCCACCAUCAAAAACAACUACCUUGUGUUUAUGGCUGAACUUUUCUGGUGGUUUGAAGUAGUGAAACCUUCCUUCGUACAACCACGGGUUUUGGACACUGAAGAGCCUCCUCCGUCUCUGAAAAACCUUCCAUCUGUGCCCAUUUCCAACGCCACAAGGAGAAGCUUCAUGGAGAAACCUCCCAGCCCAGAUCGCCCAAGUCUGCCACUGAGGCCACAGCCUCGCUCCUCAAAUUCAGGUGAGAUUAAGAGAUCAACUUCCAUGUCAUUUGUGGAUGGUUUCCUGGGAACAUGGCCCAAGGAAAAUAGGUCUGCUACUCAGGGCGUGUCAUUUGACAUCCCAUUUGAUAAAGAAGAUGGCGGGCAGACUCCUGCCCCACCUGCUCGAGGGAUGACCAGAUCAGCCAGCUCUGAGGGACUGGGCAGAAUGUCCCAAAUGCCACGGGGCAUGAAAAGGAACCUUUCCUUUCAGCCCGUUAAUGGCAAGAGCCCCGGUAUCGAGGAGGAGGGCUGUCCAGACAGCCUUGCUAGCAUCCACCCCGACAGGAAACAAGGACAAUUAAACGGCAUGUUUCUGAACAACCACAGUGGUGGCACGGGACCGCCAAGUAUCGAGGAGGCUCUGCAGAUCAUACACAACUCAGAGAAUCAGAAACGUACUCCAGAAGGAGCCAGCGAGGGAUUCUUCCUCCACGUCCCAAAGAAGGGUAACCUCGAGUCAACGUCAGGAGCUCACGACGGCGACCUGGACUCAGUUUCAGAGUCCAAGGGUGCGGUAAGCACGGAUACGACGGAAGUGGACACUGGGAUCCAUGUGCGGACGGAGGAUAUCCAAGAAACCCUGGAUGAGGAUUCCUCGUUGAAGGACUAUACAGUGAGUAUGGAGCUGGACAUGGAUCAGGACUAUGAACUCCGAGCUUGCCACAGCCAAGACACCACCAGCCCGUGUCCUAGCAACAACAGCGCAAAGUCCCCCGUCCCUGGUACGCCCGGGGUUAAGAUGACCAGCUUCGCAGAGCAGAAGUUCCGUAAGCUGAACCAGCCAGAGUCCAGAGGGGGCUCACAGAAGACCACGCCGGAAGGAUCCGAUCCUAGCCUCCCGCCGUCUGUAUCCUGGGCCCCCACUCCUCCUGAGGUGAGCCCCAUCCAUCAGUCACCCAAGGAUCCAGCGCAGGCCAUGGCGGCUGAGAUGGUGCAGCUGCGGAUGAGGCUCGAGGAGAAACGGCGUGCCAUCGAAGCUCAGAAGAAGAAAGUGGAAGCAGCGUUCACACGCCACCGCCAAAAGAUGGGUCGCACAGCAUUCCUCAACGUGGUGAAGAGGAAGGGCGAAGGUAUCUCACUGCUCCAAGAGGAUACCCCAGGCUUGGAGGACGGGAAGCCAUCCGCAAAUACCUUGCAGCCUAGCAAAGGCUCCGAGCCAGGACAGACAGGUCCCCUAAAAUCGCCCGGCGAUGAGGGGACAACGGAGGCCGACCUUGCGGAGUACACACGCUCCAUUGAGAAGCUGAAUGCAUCCCUAAGCUUCCUGCAGACAGAGAUGCAGCGACUCGCUCAGCAGCAGGAGGUCAUCAUGCAAAUGCGAGAACAGCAGGCGUGGGUCGUGUCGCCACGGCAACUGUCUCCUCAGAAACAGGUACGGGAUCUCCGCAGCGCAACCGCACGAUCCUCUGGAUCCCCUUCUCCCGCCGAAUCCCCACGCCCCUCCCACCGAUCCCCCACCAACAUCAAGAGGAAAUCAGCCUCCUUCCAUGCCAAGACCCCUCGGACACCCAGGCCCAGCGAUCUAAAGAUCACUCCCUUCAACCGGGUCCUGAAUGUUCCACAGUCUGUGGAUAGCCUGCCUCGUCUGCGCAGAUUCUCGCCCUCUCAGUCCAUGGCCGCGUCCUUCGCCUACCUGGGUGAUGAUAACAAACCUCCUUCUGGAGUUGAAGCCCAAGACAAAGACGUUUCUGGGGACUCAGAACCUGUCGGCGUGGAACAAGUCGCUGAAAGCAGCACUGGGGUUGAGCCAUUUAGCUCCCCAACCAAAGAGACCCAGCAGCCGGUCACAGAGGCAGUCAUCAAAGACAGAAGCGGCGAGAAACAAAGGGAGGACCAAAAGAGUAUGGCGCUGGAGAACAAGGAAGAUGGAGAGCUGAAGCAAGCGGAGGAAAUGAAACCAACCGUUGAGUCGACAGUGUCUGAGGUGCUAUCUCAGGCCAUAACGGAGACAGUUAUCGUCACUCCGACCGAACCCUUUGCGGAUUAUGUCAGCCACAGCAGCAAGAACCUGAUUGAGGUGCCGCUGUCUGUGCUAAAGCCUCUGGAAGGAACAGCUUUGGAGAGUGAAGAGAGAGACACUACUAGAGAAACCGUCGAUGAUCCUCGAUGCUGUGGGUUUUUCUUCAAGGAUGACAUGAAAGCAGAGGACAGCAUGGCCCAGAAGAGAGCUGCGCUGUUAGAGAAGAGGAUGAGGAGAGAGCGAGAGACGCAGCAGAGGAAACAACAGCUGGAAGCUGAACUCGAACAGAAGAAAGAGGAAGCAAGGCUGAAGGCAGAAGAAGAACGAAUGAAGAAAGAGGAAGAGAAAGCUCGCAAGGAGUUCAUUAAGCAGGAGUACCUCAGACGGAAGCAACUGAAACUGAUGGAAGAUAUGGACACGCUGAUCAAGCCUCGUCCCACGGGCUCCAAGCAAAGAAAGCCCCGGCCCAAGUCCAUCCACAGAGACGUCUUAGACUCGCCCAAAACCCCAGUCAGGGCAGCGGCAGGUUCACGACCUCGUGUUUUUUCAGUCUCCAGUCUCUCUCUGGCAUCGCUCAAUUUGGGAGACAAUGACAGCGUCAGCUCCGAGAAAAGGACGCCGAGGAGUAAUAGCUUAGCGAGUGGCAGCCUGUACUUCUUUUUAAGCUCUCCCAGGGUGAGAAAGAGAAGGCCCGACUCUGCGGACGGCUACCUUUCGCCGACUCGUUCUGGAAGUCGCAGCGGAGAGAAGGACUGGGAGAACGGGUCCACCACUUCCUCUGUGGCGUCCAACACCGAGUAUACAGGACCCAAACUGUACAAAGAGCCCAGCGCCAAGUCAAACAAGCAUAUUAUUCAGAAUGCCCUGGCCCACUGCUGUUUGGCAGGCAAAGUCAAUGAGGGACAGAAGAACAAGAUAUUAGAGGAAAUGGAGAAAUCGGAGGCGAACAAUUUCCUGAUCUUAUUCCGAGAUUCGGGCUGCCAGUUCCGCUCUCUCUACACGUACUGCCCAGACACGGAAGAGAUCAGUAAGCUGACGGGGAUCGGCCCCAAGAUCGUCACGCGCAAAAUGAUCGAGAACCUCUACAAGUACAACUCGGACAAGAAGCAGUUCAGCCAAAUCCCCGCAAAGACCAUGUCAGCCAGCGUAGACGCUAUCACCAUCCACAGCCAUCUGUGGCAGACCAAGAAACCAGCAACUCCCAAAAAAGUGGUACCAGCCAAGUCCUAG